GAAGACCGUUGCUCCGUGGUGGGAUGGUGUGUUAAAGCCACACAGAGGAAGUUACGCAGCCCGGAUCAGACCGAGAGAUAAAAGCCCCGAUGGUGACCGUGAGUGAUGGCAAGAGGAUUUAGCCUCGGCAUUAACUUGGAGCGGAGUGCAGGGGGGCCGUGAAGCGCCCCGCCAUCUGGCCCGCGACGCGCCGGGGGGAUGCCCCGGCGCCCCGACGAGCAGCCGCGAAGCCCACCCGGGCCGGGGGCUACCCGGCGCCCGAGCGCGGGUCCUCUGCGAGGCGCCCGGGGGGCCCGAAAAGUUUGCACUUGUUAGCGGCGACCUCCCGCUCGGCCCGGGCGGGCGAUGCGGGCGGCGCGGGCGGCCCCCUCCCCCGGCCCGCGUCUCCGGGACGGCUGCGGGCGGGCCCCCCGGCGGCCGGAGGGCUCCCCAGCUCCGAUCUGACGGCCGCGGCGGCCACAGCGGCAGCGGGAGCGGGAGCGGCGCGGGGAAGGAGCUCCGGCUCGCAGCCCUCCGGCCCUCGCCCCCACCCAGCGCCAGCCAGACGGGGGAGGCAGAGCGCCAGAGGGUGGCGGUCCUCGGCCUCCCGGGUCUCCGCUCCGGGAAGCUGCUCCGAGCCGGGGGCUUCGGUGACCAUGCAGGCUUUCCCGGGGCCCAGGAGCCACUUAAAGCACCCAGCAAAGGCUCGGAUGCAAAAGUUAUCUGCUGGCGGCUGUUACUAGCGGAGGGCUGGAGUCGCUUGGAGAGGGGUGUGUGAGUGUGCAUUUGUAGCAGCAUCUUAAAGGAGUAGCUUGUCUUCCUGGCUGGCUUUCCCCCAGCACGGUCUUUUUGCACCGUGUGUGUGAGUGGUGGGGAUGGGAUGUUGCAAGAAUGCCUGGAUGUGUUUGCGAAAAGGAAAUUAACCCUUCUCUCGCGCCGUUCCCCCACCCCAAUUUAAUCGCCACCCUUUAGAGCCACCCCCCGUUCCUCCCAUCUCCUUCCCCUCUCUGGAAACUGGGUAUGUGUGAGUUGCACAGAGAAACUCUGCGUUCCAGCGGCGGCUAGAAACUUCCUCCCCGGCCCUGGAGGGGUGGGCUAAUGGGAAGGGGGAUGUGCCUGGACCGGCUUGGGGACAGUGUGGAGUCGACCCUCGAGCUGAGUGGCACGCAGAUGGUGGGAGCAGAGACCGGGGAAGGCGGGAAGAGGACCGGUGGGCUCGCAGGGUCCAUCCGCUCCGGAGUGUUGUUGCUAAUGAGCUCCCUCUUCCCUUCUUACAAUGAAAGACAAGCCAGACCCCGGGUACCUGGAUGGAUUGGGAGCUGAAGUCUCAGAAACUUCCUAAUAAGUUGCCACUGGCUACCAGCCAGGGUCAGCUGCCGCCCCCCCCCCCAUUAGUGCCUGUUCCCCACCAAAGCGGAGCCAAAUAAGCUUCUCCCCGGUUAACACCUCAGUAGCUUUGUUAUGUUUCAGUCCAGCUGCACAAUUGUUGUCACGUUCAGCCCACAUGAAAAGAAAUCUCUUUAUUGGUCUGAGAUGCCGAGUCCAGUCCCAUAGAGGGAACAUGUUCGCGGCUAACUGGUAAACCUCCUGAUUUUAUUUUAUCUUUACAACGCAGGCCGGAGGGCUGUUUUGCAGUUGUGUUGAGCACAUCACACAUUAAGGGCCCUUUAAAGACCUGGAUUGAUUGGAAGGACAAAAAUUAAAAGCAAUCUGAUCCGGCCUCGUGCCAGAUCCCUGAGGAUUUUCUCCCUCUCCCGUUUCUAGCCACUGUCACAAUUUGAGAGUCUGCCUGAUUUGAUCAGAUUCACCUCUGGGAGAGGUGUGAUGCCAAGGUUAGGAGGACACAAAGUUGUGGGUAACUUCUUGAUCUGCCCAUCAGCAGUCUGAGAAACGCUGGCUCUGAGUUUUCCAUAUCGGCUUUUUGGAAAAAACGAGUCCCUCGCUGUUUGCAACCUGGCAGUCCCUGGGACAUCCGGCCUCCAUCGCCUGGUAGAUGUGACAUUUCCAUGCUGAGGCUGCCUGACCCAGUCGCCGCCUCUCCAGGCCCCCUCCGGGCCGCACCCCUGCGGACUGCGCCGCCAUGCUGCACCUGCUGGCUCUUUUCCUGCACUGCCUCCCACUGGCCUCUGGGGACUAUGACAUCUGCAAAUCUUGGGUGACCACGGAUGAAGGCCCCACUUGGGAGUUCUAUGCCUGCCAGCCCAAGGUGAUGCGCCUCAAGGACUACGUCAAGGUGAAGGUGGAGCCCUCAGGCAUCACGUGCGGAGACCCCCCUGAGAGAUUCUGCUCCCAUGAGAACCCCUACCUGUGCAGCAACGAGUGUGACGCCUCCAACCCGGACCUGGCCCACCCGCCCCGGCUCAUGUUCGACCGGGAGGACGAGGGCCUGGCCACCUACUGGCAGAGCGUCACGUGGAGCCGCUACCCCAGCCCCCUGGAAGCCAACAUCACCCUCUCGUGGAACAAGAGCGUGGAGCUGACGGACGACGUGGUGGUGACCUUCGAGUACGGCAGGCCCACCGUCAUGGUCCUGGAGAAGUCGCUAGACAACGGGCGCACGUGGCAGCCCUACCAGUUCUACGCGGAGGACUGCAUGGAGGCCUUCGGCAUGCCAGCCCGCCGGGCCCGCGACCUGUCGGCGUCGGGCGCCCACCGGGUGCUCUGCACCGAGGAGUACUCGCGCUGGGCCGGCUCCAAGAAGGAGAAGCACGUGCGCUUCGAGGUGCGCGACCGCUUCGCCAUCUUCGCCGGCCCCGACCUGCGCAACAUGGACAACCUGUACACGCGGCUGGAGAGCGCCAAGGGCCUCAAGGACUUCUUCACCCUCACCGACCUGCGCAUGCGCCUGCUGCGCCCGGCGCUGGGGGGCACCUACGUGCAGCGGGAGAACCUCUACAAGUACUUCUACGCCAUCUCCAACAUCGAGGUCACGGGCAGGUGCAAGUGCAACCUGCACGCCAACCUGUGCUCCGUGCGCGAAGGCAGCCUGCAGUGCGAGUGUGACCACAACACCACCGGCCCCGACUGCGGCAAGUGCAAGAGGAGCUUCCGCACGCGGUCCUGGCGGGCUGGCUCCUACCUGCCGCUGCCCCACGGCUCGCCCAACGCGUGUGCCGCUGCAGGCUCAGCCGUUGGCAGCCUCAGCCGGUCCCGGAAAGACCCUGUCCCCAAACCCCCUGUGGCCACUGCGGCCAUGUGGGGGGACCCCACCACUCCUGUCCCUUCCGCAUCCACUGCUCAGACCCCCGCGGUCCCCAGCACCCCACAGCCCACAGAGUGGACCAGGCCAUCUACUGCUGCCCCUCUCUGGGCGAGCGCCCCCUGGCCCCAGGUGGCCUCCAGUGCAGAAGCUGCGGGCUCGUCCGCUGCUGUCCUUGGCCCUGUCAAGGCCUCCAAACUUUUCCAGCUCAGGCCCAAAUCUCCUCAAGUGAUGCCUAUUGAAGAAUUCCAAGACUGCGAGUGCUACGGCCACUCCAAUCGCUGCAGCUACAUCGACUUCCUGAACGUGGUGACCUGUGUCAGCUGCAAGCACAACACCCGAGGCCAGCACUGCCAGCACUGCCGCCUGGGCUACUACCGCAACGGCUCAGCCGAGCUGGACGACGAGAACGUAUGCAUUGAGUGUAACUGCAACCAGAUCGGCUCCGUGCACGACCGGUGCAACGAGACCGGCUUCUGCGAGUGCCGCGAGGGCGCGGCGGGGCCCAAGUGCGACGACUGCCUCCCCACGCACUACUGGCGCCAGGGCUGCUACCCCAACGUGUGCGACGACGACCAGCUGCUGUGCCAGAACGGCGGCACCUGCGUGCAGAACCAGCGCUGCACCUGCCCGCGCGGCUACACCGGCGUGCGCUGCGAGCAGCCCCGCUGCGACCCCGCCGACGACGACAGCGGCCUGGACUGCGACCGCGCGCCCGGGGCCGCCCCGCGCCCCGCCACCCUGCUCGGCUGCCUGCUGCUGCUGGGGCUGGCGGCCCGCCUGGACUGCUGAGCCCGCCGGAGGACCCCCGGCCGCGUGGGCUGGUCCACGAGCACCGCCGCGCCCUGCGCCCUGCGCCCGGGGAGCUGGGGGCCCCGGGGCCGGCGUCCGAGGCCCGACGGCGAGAAGGGUGCGGCCCGAGCUGCUCCCAGGUGCUACUCAGCAGUCCUCCCGCCCCGGCCCCCCAAGUGGCACCUGCCCCCGCCCCGGCCCUGCAGCAGGGGGCGCUGUGGGGCCCUGGCCCCAGCGGCCUGCGAUUUUGGUCUUAGUUUUUCUAUUACCCCCUCCACUCUCCUUUUUUUGUUUUCCUGUUGGGGGUGAGAUAGGGGGUGGGGAGAAGGGCGGCUCACCCCAGCACCCCCGGGUCCUGCCUCCUGCCCUCCCCUCUUCACGCUGACACACACGACUGUUGCAGACACGGCCUGCGCGCGUCCCUGGCUCGCCAUCCGCCAGCGGGCCGGAAACUCCAGUUGCCUACGACUCGAGUCGCUGACUUAGAUUCUCUUUUAUAUUCUUUCUUUGUUUUUCUUUGCGACCCACCAGACCAGGGAGCUCACUGUCUGCGGAAGGGAGUUAGGAAGGAGGGUUGGGAGGGCCGGACACUUCCUUUUGUAGAGACCAAUUUGUGCUCGUCUUAACGCUGGUCACCUCCGCGGCGGCGGCGGCGGGCGGGCGAGGGUGUAGAACCUGACAGUAAAGAAUCUGCUCACUGCUGCCUCCA